AUGACCGACGGACUCAACGAUGCUCGUGCCCUUCGGAUCGCAGAGAUCAUGGCGGACUUCCGCAGUCUCCAGCAUUACAUCGCUCAAAUCAGAGUAUCCCCGUCAGCAGAGGAGUACUAUCUUCAGGGUUUUGCCUUGCUGCGACAAUGUGUGACCGAAGCACGGGCUAUCCUCGCAGCACCCUUCAGCGCAAACACAUCGUCAAGCGAUGACGCAAACAGGGAAAAGGCCCAAUUAAAAGUCAUUCUCCUAGACGCAAGUGUACGCCGCUUCAGAUGCCAAAGAGUAUACCUUCGCGCGACAGCUGGGAUGCGAUGGGUAAAUUCUAGGCAUGCCGUUAUUCAGGGUGGAAAAAUGCAGUCCGCAUCUCUACAGGUUUUGCAAAGGGUCGACAACGCUUUACGAGCUGAGCUCGCAACCAUAACCGACGAGUACGUGGCUUACUGUCUCCGAACGCAGGAUGUGGAACAAGGGAAAUGGCUGGAUGAGGACCCAUCUCUUUCCGCAAUCCAGCGACAGCUCAAUCAACACCAGUAG